AUGACAUCAGCAACGACAAUUAGUGCAAUUGACAUUGAACCGGAGGUAGUUGGUCAUAUAGAGUUAAAUGAGAAAGAUAAAUUUGCUAAACGUUUCAAACCAUCAAAUUUGAAACAAAAUAAUCAAUCAAAUAAUCAAAAACAAGCCUCAGUGCCAGCAACAACCUUACAUUCACUACGAGCUAGUGAUAUAAAAGAACAUCGAUGGUGGUCACUUGGCUCAUUAAUUACAUGUUUCUUUCUUAUUGGACCAGUUAUUGCUUUUUAUCAUACUCGUCGUAUACGAAAAAUGAAAGAAAAUCAAGAAUUAGUUCGUGCUAAAUUGUGGUCUGAUCGUGUUAGCAAUAUACUGAUUAUUUCAAAUAUUAUAGGUAUUAUCAUAUGGGUCGCUUUCGCUUUUACUAUCGUUGUUCUUUUUAUAUACGGUGCUUUUUAG